UUUUCACUUUGUGCCGCAGAAAGAAACGCAGUUUUCACGUUUUGUAGUUCGUGUGGCCCUCUUCACUUUUGAUCUUACCUUCAUUCAAGCUGCACAUUUUUUCUUUCCUAUUCUUUGUCAAUAAUAAAUUAAAGAAGUUAAACUCCUCUAGAUUAAUAAUAAUAAAAACGAACCAAGGGCCUCGUGGGCUGGUUCGGUUGAGAAGGAUCUAUUGAGGAGAAUAUAAUGAAACUGGAAAGCGACAUGAGUAGCACAAGUAAUAACAGCAGCCGCGUGACCCCCGGCAGAGGAGCGACAGGAAUGUUCAGCACACCUGUCAAGGACUUUGUAGGUCAAAGUCCCAAUGGACUUGGUUCCGCUCCUGGAAAGUAUGUUAGGCGUCUAAAUGCGAUGGAGGAGGAGCUGAAUGACUGCAAAACCAAAUGCGCCUUUUUGGAAAACCGGUUAUCUGAAUUUGAAGAUUGGAAAAGGAAGCUGAACAUGUGGCUGCUGGAGAAUUUUGGUGUGACUAUUGGCAGUGUUAUCAGCAGCAAUGGAGAUGACAAAAGUAUGAUGUCCAAUGAGCAACCUACAAAUGGUGUACAAUUUCCCGUGGCUCCAAUGCUGAUCCCCAAGUCAGAAGAGGUGGAUAGCACAAUUUCUGUUGACGAAUCGACGCACAAAACCCCAAAGAUCAAAUGGAAAAUCGCAGCACCAGCCUCUAAAAAACGAAAUCCGACUGUUAAGGCACCUGCGAAAAAAGUGCACAAUGAUACAGCUAACAGUAGCCGAAAGAAAACCAAGGGCGGAAAGAUGGGACCAUUAGUGGUGUCCACCGUGACGGAUUCUUCUAACCGCGCUGGAUGUUCAUCCUCAACCACCAACCCUGUUGUUGCUACAGGAUCUGGAAAGAAGAAUCUGUCGAGUAUAACUGAUACUUUUUUCAUUGGCUCCAGCAUAUCAGUUGAAGUUACUCGAACGCCUUCGAUUUCAUUGGAACGUUGUGAUAACAAAAGCCAAGGCUUAUUAUGUUCAUCUACAGCUUCUCCGCAGCAGAUUGUCUCUACACCUACACCUGACCCCACACCAGUUACCUUACCAGAAGGCAACGUUGAUGAAUAUGAUGAUGAUGAUGAUGAAGUAUCAAUUGUAUAUGCGUCGCCUCCUGCUUCUGCACGGACUCGGGAUUUCGGGAGAAUGGUAGAGAACGCCGAACCCUUCAAUGUUAACCAGGAUGCAAGUCUUUUCGUUCCGGAAACACUCCAACAUCAUAGUGAUAGCGACCCACUGAACAUGGACAUGUACCAGCUGGAGACAAAUGAUCCAACACCCUGUGCAGUUUGCGCUGUGGUCGACCCAGAGCCACGCAAUGAAAUGAUAUUUUGCGACAUGUGCAAUGUAUGUGUACACCAGGCCUGUUAUGGUGUUCCACAUCUCCCACCAGGGGGUUGGAAAUGUAACCCCUGUGCAUUAGGUCUACGACCUUCGGAAAUUCAAUGUCAUUUUUGUCCAGAAUUCGGUGGGGCGUUGAAACCUAUAAAAUCACCGGCAAAGUGCCACUGGGCUCACAUGAUCUGUGCAAUUUGGAUUCCAGAAGUAAAGACUGCAAAUGAAUUGACCCGGGAGCCAAUCAUCAAUCUUAGUAUGAUUCCCAAGGACAGAUGGAACUUGAAAUGUUCUCUUUGCAAAAAUCCUCGAGGGGCUUGCAUCCAAUGUCAGUUCAAUAAGCGUUGCGUCAAAGCCUUCCAUGUCACAUGUGCUAUGAGACAUGGCCUUUCGAUGAAAGAAGUUGUGGAUCCAUUGCUCGGGACUCCCAUUCUUCAAGCCUACUGUAAAGGACACACCUACCCUACAACUCCAAAGAAAAAACAACGAAAAAAUGCAAAGCACGGUGAUAAGUCGCCAUCAAAGAAAAAACGACAUUCUUCCACUAAGGAAGGCACUCACAUUGGGGAACCUUCAAAAAAGAAAUUUAUGACAUCAUCUAAUGUCGAUGUUGAUGCCCAGAAUGGCGAUGGAAAUCUUUUGCAUAAGUCGUUCGGCGAAUCUCAGGGAAUGUAAAUAUUUUCUUCCUAAAAAGCAAGUUUUCCAUCUGUUCUUAGUAUGUAUGUCUCUGGAGGCCUGUUUGCAUUGCAGGCAUUAGUUUGAAAUGUAUUCUUGUCUCACUUAUUCUCAAUACUUUUUGAUUUUCUUUCAACAAAAAACGUGUUAUGCAAGUUAUUCUUCUUGCGAUUGUAUUAAAUUGUAUCCUUCCUAAAAGUGAUUGUAAUCAGGAAAAGAAAAUUAUCUCCCUUACUGGUGAUGGUGCCAGUGCAAAAUUUGUGUAUACUUUUAAGUUGUGUUACGUAUUGUAUGUAUCACAUAUAUUCUAAUUUAUUUAAGCGUCUUGAAUCAUAAGUUUACAGUGUUUAAAUUAGUAAAAUUACGUUUUACUUACCCACCUUUUAAUUGGUUUAAUUAAUAUGAAUGAAAUAUAUUUGAUUGAAGUUUCUUGUUACAUCUAUAUUUAUACUGUUAUUAUUUGAUUAAUUAAUAUAAUGUGCAAUUCAACUGCUUCUUUUUUACAUUGAUUCUGAUAUUAUUAAGAAUUUGUACGAAACGAAAGAGUUAAUUACUUAAAUACACCCGUUGAGACUGCAUCGUUCACUGCGUAUUACGCACGUAAUGAAAUCUAAACAUAAUUAUUAUAAAUUUACUAUUCUAUGCUGGACAUGAACGAGUACUACUAAAUUAAAUUAAAUUUUAUAUUAAUUAUAUAUUUAUUCAUGAAUAUUUAUACACAUGUACGGGUUUCAAUUGGCCAUUUGAAAUGAAAUAAUAACCACUGCACUGUAUGUACUUGAGUGAUUGCAGUUUUACAAGAAUA